UCGAAUUAUGUAACGAGUCACGCACAAAGCGUAUGUGGAGUGUGUAAUUAUAAUGUUAUCCGACAUAUCUGCCGCGCAAUUAGUUCUGUACUCUGCGGCGUUUUCCACUAUCGCCAGUUUGGUUAUAUCGUUCGCGCGCAAUUUGAAAGUUCGGACAGCGAAUAUAUGUUCUACUACGCUCGUUAAGGAAGCAUCUUUUGUUCUUUUUUUUACUGGCGCCUUCCGCUCGAGAACAAGCUCGGACAACUCUUGUCGCGCAAUUAAUUUAAAAUAAUUAAUUCAUUUUUCUCGGAAUUAGCGAGGAUAACUGUCUCUCAUCGUUCUGUUUAAAAUUCGUAGCGCUUGAAGUACAGAACGAGGAAGGUGGAGAAGGAAAAGGAUAGAGUCAACCCCCCCGGUUUUUUUUAAAAUAAGGAACUAAUGUACACGAGAAGGAUGAGGAAGGAGGAGGUGCAAGAAGUGCGAUAACCAUUCCGAGUAACCGCUAGUGUUAUCACCGUUCUUUCGAGCGAUCGUGAGUACUUCUCCUGUGUCGUUACUUCAAAGUGCUUAAUCGAGAAGGAUCGAAAGUUUAUCAUUUAGCACGCGUGCUGAUACAUUGCAUGUUUCCUGGCCUUAUUCAGCCUUUGUGAGCAUUCGAAGGCAGUGCAGUGUGAGAUUGAUGCGAGAUCUUGAUCCGUUAACGUGGAGCAGACAUUGUACAUGAGCAAUAUGUAUGAAACGGCAAGUGUGGAUAUGGACAUGGCAAAUGAUACAGAUGCGGUAAACAUGCCGGUUGUUGAUAGAAUGGAUGUGGAAUAUAAGAUAUAUGUGAAUAACUUGCCACCUGAGUUGAAUGAGAAUGCUAUUGGAGAGGUUUUUGGUCAGUACGGUAGAGUCACCGGACUGUUUCAUCCCCCCAACGCUACGUGGGCCUACAUCACGUACGGCUCGUUUCGUGAGGCUGAAUGCUCUAUACGAGAGCUUAAUAAUAAGAAACCAUUAUACCUGAGAGUUACACUUGCGAAGGAGAGGUCUUCCAGCAGGGAACAACCGUGCAAAAGUCAACCUCUGCCUCAACCUCGUGCACAAAAGUCCGUAACUUUGGAAGAUAUAAUGAGUGCGAUGCAAGAUGUUGCUGAGGCAGCGAAUGUCAAUAUAAAACCCAAUCCUAUGUUGAAAUUAAAUCACACAUUGAGUGCAAUACAGAAGGAUCGUGCAUCUAAACUCGAAGAUGCAAGAGCUCCUCACCUAGAAGGAUACAAUAUAUCUGAAAAUGAGGAACCUUUCGUGAAUACAAGUAGAUUGUGGUCAAGAGGUCUGAUGACCAACGUGUUGGAUAAAAAGAGACGCGUGUCGUUCGGACGCGGUUACACGGGAUACGAAGUUCCGGAGAACGAUCCGCGGAUCGAGGAGUACAUAAAAAAAGGACUGUACGAGCAUCUGGAUGACAAGCUUGGUAGCAAAAUAAAGAGGUGUCUCGUCUGCUCGGUUAAGACGAUGAAACACUGCGAGAAGUGUGACACGCAUUACUGCAGCAGAGCGUGCCAAGUGAAGGACUGGCCGCGACAUCAGCUCGAGUGCGAGCGCGUACCAGCGUUAGUGGAAGAAGCGGUCGAUUUGUCGUCGCUGGCGAUCAAAGACGAGGGGAAGAAACGUGAGGAUCAAACGAAAGAGCCGUCGGCCAACAGCGCCCAGUUACGGCGGCCCCGUACGGCGCCGAUGCACACGGAGAGCAGUACGAACAGCACGAACGUGAGCGCGAGCAAGAAUAGCGCGAGUGUGAACGAUUACACCGAUAACGCCGCCAAUCAACGUGGACUUCCGUCCGCUCGAUACGAGAGUGACGCUAAGGACGCUCAAGUUAAAAGAGCGACGGACCAGCCAGCGAUGAAUACCAAAGACAUUUCCCCAAAUCCAAAUCGGUCACAGGCGUUCGAUCAGAUCAAUACCAAUACCGAUCAGUCGAGAAGAAACGCUAAGUCUUGGACACCCACUAGCGCCAAUAGCGCCUACCAAGCUAACCGUAAUCACGUGGGCGAUGUAAAUAAAAGUAGCAGUCCUAACGAGAGAUUCAACAGCGGCAGCAACAUGAAGGACAGACAGACCUACGCCGACAAGAGACCGCCUUACGAGAGGCACGAGCCCCAGAACGCCAGGAAACCCGCGGCGCACAGUGACAGGGACAGCAACAGGCGAAGCAACAAUGUUUGCAGCAACGGUGAGGUUCCGAGCGACGACCUGGCCUUCCAGAAGGACACGUACCUGUCGAAAGCGAAGUUCGCGGAGGUGGAGAUCGUGGUGCCGUUGGGCAACGGCGAGUACUGGGUCUGCAGGACCGAGGACACGGACGCGCGCAUAACUCUCAUGACGACGCUGCAGGACGUCGCGGAGCAGUCGCGCAACGUGCAGCCGAUCGUCGGCAACAUCUACGGCGUGCUGUACGAGACGAUCUGGCACCGGGCGAUGGUGACGGCGCUGAACCCCGUGCGCAUCCACUUCAUCGACUUCGGCAACGAGGAGCCGCUGGAGAAGGGCGCGGCGAUCAGGGACAUCCAGGAGCUGUCGAAACCCGCGAGGUUCGCCAGGAAGAUCCGCCUGACGCAGUCGGCAAGCGACAGAUGCAGGAAGUUGGAGUACGGCGAUAAGAUCUCCGUGAGGAUGAUGUCCAUGAACCCCGACAAGACUAUCACGGUGGAGGUGCAGGGAGAGUCGCAGGCGGAGUGCGCGACGAAGAGCGCUCCGUCGUUGAGCACCAACGUGCAGCAAAAGGAAGGCGGCCCGGGUGCCGCUGGGCAAGACUCGGCGGCUCAACCCGUCAACGUUUUGAGGGUUCUCGAUAACCUGCUGAGCGAGAGGGUGCUUCCCGAGCUGGAAUUCGUCGGCCUGCUGCAGAUUUGCGGACCCGUGCAGAGCAACGUCUACUGCGCCACUCUGUGCCCAUACAUGUUCACGGACAAGCUCGAGAUGAUCUUGCAAGACCUGCAGGUGGAGUGCGUGGCGAUGGAGAGCGAGUUCGCGGACUACAAACCGCAACUAGACGAUUGCGUUUGCGGCAAGACGAAGGAGGGCUGGUACAGAGGAUACGUUCCGGCAGGUUCUAUGACGCCAACCGACUUGCGCAUCAUAUCGAUAGACGAGGCGAGAGUUGUGCCAGUGGAGAAGAUUAUGCCGUGUCCCGCCAAGUUCCUGGAUAUCUGCUCCUUCGGCGUAACGUGCGAAGUGACCCAAUCUACCAGACAAUUAGAAGUGGGAAAGACAUAUCAGUUCACGACGAUCAUAAAAGAACACAAUCGGGCGGAAGAGAGUCUCAAAAUAGAUAUAACGGAGGUAAAGGAGGAUUCCAAGGAUUCGAAAGGUGACGAGCUAGUAACAGCCGUGGUAAAGCCCUGGAAACCCACGGAGGCGAAAGCCCAGGCGAAGUCGCAAAUUCCCGCGUUGUCCGAAUUGAAGAAUGGAUCCAAGAUAUGCCUCACGAAUUAUCGGAACCACUACUUCAUGUUCGGCCGCUCGCUGGACAAGGAGGACAACGAGUACUUCCACAGAAUUAUGCAACGCGUCGCGCAAGCCGCGCGUACAGCGCCGUACCUGUCGGACUCGCAGAAUAUCGAGAAGUCGCAGAUGGUGAUCGCGCCGUUCGACGACGGGAAUUGUUACCGCGCGAUGGUGACGGCCGUGCAGGACGACAAGGCGAAAAUAAUAUACGUCGACUUUGGAAACAUAAGCGAGAUCGGCGUGAAGGAACUCCAGGUCCUGCCGGACAAUUUGAGGAUGGAGCGAAGUUGCGCAGCGAAGAUUUAUUUGAAGAACGUUCCCCGUGACGUGCCGAUAACGAAAGACGUGGACGCCUACCUUCGCCACUUGCUGGCCGAGGAGGUAUCGUUGACGUGUACGCACGACGGUGCACCGCUGAAGGACGGAAUCAAUUUAACGAUGCCUUCCGGGGAAAGCGUCAAUGAUAAGAUCAAUCAGUUACUGCAGCCGAAUUGGAAACAAGAAGAUUAUGAUGACAAGACAUGUUACAUGCUGGGCGACAUGCAAAUCGCGAAUUUAGGGAACGUAGGCGACACGGUGGACGCGCUGGUGCUGCUCAUACAGGAGGACGAGAGGAAAUACUUGAUGCUAGCGCCGAUCGACAUCGAUCUGGUGACCCACAUCACCGAGGUGAUGCCUCCGCAGAUGAAAGAGUUUUGCGAGAGCACCGAGUACUACAUCCCCCGAGCGUGCGAAUUGUGCCUGGCUCUGUACGAGGGGGCGUGGUACCGCGCGGCCUGCCUCGUUCCGGAGGUAAAGAAAGGCCUGGCGCAGAUCUUCUUCAUUGAUUACGGAAACACGGACCCGGUGGAGCAUAAGAACAUCAGAAUGAUGCCCAAGGACUUCGUCGAGCCCGCGGCGAUGGCGAACAUGUGCACCAUCGUCAAUCUAGCGCCCACGAACCCCGACGGGAACUAUUCGCCCGCGGUGCAGCAGGCGUUGGCGGAACUCACGCCGAUGGAGUCAACGGUGAGGAUCAAGAUCGUCGACUUCCCGGAGAGCGGUGACUAUAAAGUCGAGCUGCCCGACAUUCGCGCCGCGCUGAUUAAGCAGGGCCUCGUGUCGUCAUAAUUCAAGCGCGUGAUUUCCUUUUGGUUUUUGUUUUUAUAUAAUAUAUGCAUAAUCGUAACGAAACUCUCUUCCGAGACUCGAGACUUUUGUAAUCUUUUUAUUUUGAAAAUUUCGUUUUAAACUUGCAUCGUCGUACAAGGCGCAAGCGAUUUCUUUUCUAGCAGUUUUAUAUUUCUGACCGUCUUUUUAUUCUCCAACAAGUAAGUCAACAAUAUAUAUAUAUAUAUAUAUAUAUAUACA